UAGGAACCGUACUUGUGACACCAGUCUUAUAUUUAAAAGUUUCCAAAAAGCUUGUUAAAGUUCAAUCAGCAAAUCUAUUUCAAGUGUUUGAAUACCGUAAUCUUUUAUAUCAUGCUAUUCUAUUUUUUACAUUUAUAAUGUUAAAAUUGAUAUUUUAAAACCUGGUUCCACAAUGAUUCAGAUAUUAAUAUUAUUCUAAGUGCUAUUUUUUUUAUUUGCUUCUUUUGACAUCGGUUGAAUUUAAUUGGUAGAGUAAGUUAAUGCAAUUUGAAUUUAAAUGUUUGCUGUUUACUUCUGUCUGAGCUUGUUUGUCGAGCAUAAAUAUAUGAUUGAUAAUAAUCAUCAUCUAUCGAUCACUAUAAUGAAUAAUAUCGAUAUUCGUAUAUCGGUUAUAGUAAUGAAUAAUAUCUAUGUUCCUAUAUCGACUAUAGUAAUGAAUAAUAUCGAUAUUCUUUUACGAUUAUAGUAAUUUAUAGUAUCGAUAUAUGUAUAAUCGAUAGAUAGACUUGUCAACUCAACGAACGUUGGACUUUGUUACAUUAUUAACGAAUAUUAUGUUGUUCUUAUCAUUCAGAAAGUAUAAAAAUAAAUUAGAUUAAAAUAUUAAAAUUAUCUUAUUAUUCACUAUUUUUGAAAAAUGACUACAAUGAGAGAUUUUACAUUUUUUAGUAACGCAUUUAUCAAUUUGCUAGGUUGGUACUCCUGCCCUCAUAGAGGAGAAACUGGCAAAUGACGAAACGAGUUUCUGUUUUCAGUUUUGUGUGAAAGAAAAGUAAUGGAGUCUCUGAUCUUUCAAUCAAUCAAGAUUUUACAAAUUUGUUAUUAGUUUCGUGAUAUAUUUAACAUUGUUUUACACCAAUUAUUUGAUUUUAAGUUCUUAUGAGUGAAAUAGUGCGUUUUGUGAUGGAUAACGCUGAGGAAAUAUUGCAGUCCUUGGAAUCUUUCUCCAAACUCAAGCCGAAAGAAAUACCUAAAGAGCUGGACGAAUAUCUUGGUUAUGUAGCUAGAACAGGAGAUCCUGUGUAUCAGUGGCAGUAUGUAAAGUGUUUGUUUCAUGAGAAACUUUUAAAAGUGAUUACAGAGUUCUACGAAAAUUCUCCUUCAUUUGAUAACCCUCCAUGUCCUAAUGUAGAUCCGUUCAACUACGAAAGAAUGAAAACAAGUUUGCUUGAACGUUUGGACAAUUUUCACAAUGCCCCGUUUACAGUGCAGAGAAUAUGUGAGCUAUUAACUAGCCCACGUAAACAUUACGGUCGUGUAGACAAAUUUAUGCGUGCUAUUGAGAAGACAAUUUUGGUGGUUAGUACUAGAGAACCUGGUUUUGCAAAACGUUCUGAAAGUGAUGAAACUGUUCUUAGUGUGAAUGGUGUUCCUGAAAAUAGAGAUCAUGAAACUGCCGGAGACAAUCGAGUUAAUUUACCUCAUGAUGGCAUAGCAUCAAAUAAUGCAACUUGCUCUCCAUCAAUCACAGUUGAGAAUGCAGUCAAUUCUUGUGUUAUUCAAGAAGAAAUAGAAAUCAACUCCGCCAGCUCGACUAGCACAGCUGAAGAGAAAGGUUGGGUAGAAACAAACGAAAGUAAAAUGGCAGUAGAUCCAUCUUCACAGGCUACUUCUAGCCAAUCCGAAUCUGGCAACAAUAUUAGUAAUUCUGAUGUAGUCUCUACUUCCAGUGAUAUGGAUAAAGCAUCCGCAUCAUCAUCUUCAACGUUUAUAGAAAGUGAUGCGAUUCCAAAAUCUGAGGAUAGUUCAACAACAGAUCAGAGCAAGUUGACCAAUGUACCAACUGGAGCGGAAUCUCCAGAAUCGCCUGAACCACAUCCCGAUGAAGUUCUAUGUGAUGCUAGCAGCGAUGAAGAUAGCUGCUCAAAUCAGAAGAAUUAUUCUGAAAAUUUUCCACUGAAGGAGGAAAGUCAGACGAGUGAAGUCGCUGACUCUGAAAAAGUUGAUGAACCAGAACAGUUAGAUUCAACUCCUGAUUCAGAAGCUGUAUCUGUUCUAAUAAAAAAUAGUGAAAGCCUACAACAGAUAGACUCAACUGAAGAACAACAGGAAUCGUCUCUCAAUAUGACUCCAGAUUCUAGUAACGAAUGCUUCAAAAAUGAUGAAAGUGAGAACGAGGAAAGUAAUGUAGCCAAAAAAGAAGAAGAGUCUGAAUCAGGUACUAUUUCAUCGUCGCAGGUGCAAAUUCAAGAAGAAUUAGUUGAAUCAGCUGCUGUUGUAAGUGAAGAUACACCAGACAUGCAAAAAACAGAAGACCUUGGCCAAGUAGAAUUGCCGGAAAGCGAAGUAGUUAGUGAGGGAACUGCCGUUAGUGACAACGUGGUCAGUGAAAGCGAGUCCAGUGUCUCAAUUGAGGAAGUCACUGACCCAAAAGAAGCUGAAGAAGAAGUAGAAAUUGUCAACAAGGAAACCGAUGUCGAAGCAGAAGCAUCCAUUGAAAAAGAAGUUAUAGUUGAGGAAGAGGAGGAGGAGGAAGUAGACAAGAAAGCUGUUGAGGAAUCGCAAGAUGGUUUAGUAGAAGUUAGUGGAAGUUCGACGUUUGAGGUGACUGAGGAAGAAGCUGCAGAAGAAGAAGAGGAAGAACCAAGGGAGAGCGGAUCAGUUAUUCAUACAACCCAAAGCGUUUGCUCAGUCGAGGAGGAGUUGGAGGUUGAAGCAGUAUCCAGUCAAGCAGAGAGCGCUGAGGAUAAGUUAGCUGUUGAAGAGAAUCAGGUGGAAUCAAUCUGCAUUGACCAAUCGAGCUGCGAGGCGACCAGUGAAGCCGAGGCUAUGGAAGUCGAUGACAACACCAGCAACCAGAUGGCGAUUGGAGAGGUCGAGAUGAAUGAGGAGGAGCCAAUGGACCAAAGCGAUCAAACACAUCCCUGAACGGAUAUGGACACAAGUUGACACAUGACCGUUACUGGUAUGGACUACCUGUAAACCAUAUUCUACAUCGUGGAAUAGCAACACUAAUGCCGUGAAUUUCAAAAACAAUUUAAUUCGAAUGGCAUUAAAGUGCAGUUUGCAGCUCCAGCAAGACAAACAAUCAAUACUUAUUUCUUGGACUAAUGUAAAGACAGUGUGUGGCAGUAAUUUGAACUGGUGAGCACAACAAACUUUCAGAAGAACUAGAUUUUUAAUAUGAAUUUGAAUACUUUUAUAGUUACAUGUGAAUUUCUCUAGCAGUCUAAUGAUUGAUUAAGGGUUUCUUUUAGAUAAUUAUGUAAAUAAGUGAUUUUCAAUUUUAGUAUACCACUUGAGAUGAUCUUGCACACCUAAUUUCAAUAGAAAUGUAUUAAUUCAAUUGAUAUUACUACAUUCUAAUUUUGCUUCUCAAUAGUGGUACUAGGGUAUAUUUGGUGUAUUUUUAGGCAAGUUCAGUAACAACUAUGCUAUUGGGUUGAAUGGCAUUAGUAUUCGAUUAUAUUUGUAAAGUUUGUGUUAAAAUUAGGUCCAAAUGGUUUUAAACGUUCUCAUUAUUCAACUUUUUAUUUUAUGGCUGGUAAAUCUGAUAAGAUUCAGAGAUAUUCUAUCAAGUUGGUACUUGGGUGUAUGCAAUUUUGUAGACUCUGUAAUUAACCAUCACAUUUGAUAUUGUAUCAUAAAUGUUAUGGCUUGUUCAUUGUUCAUAAAAUAUUGUUCAAUUCACUGCCAUAAAAUAUCACAUACUUUUAGAAAUAUAUUCUAGUUCCUAUUGAUGAAUUUCGAAUGAAAGCUAGUUUUUAUACCAGAUUUCUUACAUGAUCCUGCUCUUUGAUAUACUUCUAAUGAAAAUGAAUGCUAAUCAUUCUCACAUAAUCCAAAAAGUAAGCCUAUCAAAAUUAUGGCUUUUGUAGAUUCGAAAAUGCGAUUACAAUAUUUGCUAUUUGCUAUAGGUUGUCUUGAUUUUGACUUCUUAGAUCACGAUAAGUUAGGUUUCCUUCUUGAUAUUUCCUUUUGUACAGUAAUAUCUUUCAGUCCCAAUAAUUUUUCAUAAGCUCAUUGUUCUAUGAAUUAUAUUGUCUGUAGAAUUUGAACUGGUGAAUCCUCGACCAGUACGAUAUUACUAUUAGGCUAAUUCCAAUUCAAGGUGUGGCUGGAAUCCAUCUCUUGGUCAUUCAGAGAUUGUCGGAAACAAUUCAAUUUUAAUUCGAAUUGAUCAGUUAGUUUAAAAGGAAUUUGACAUUUAGCGUUUUAAUUGUAUGGUAGAAACCAGAAGCAAUCGAUUAUAUUAUUUGAAUUCUUACUGAUUCAGUUAUUUACAGUUUUGAAUUUUAUUUGAGUCAUUUUUUAUUCUUAGGAUUUGAUUUAGCAUUAUUUCGAAUAGUAUCCAGUGCGUCUAAUAUAUUUUCUCAGCGUUCUUACUCAUUUCAAUGUUUACUUUGCAUUUUUCAAUACUCCAUGCUGCCUUACAUGAAAGAACUGACUCAGACCUAGGCCUACCUUGGUUGCAUAAAUUUGUAACAAACCAUUUUUCCGUUGUUUGAUAAUGUCUAUACAUUUCCUCACAUUGAGAAUAACAAGAACUAUUAUAAUAUACUCUCUAUUUCAAUAUAGGGCCUUCUCUGCACUCUACAAAAAUUCAUGCGACUCAUGAUACUUCAGUUCAAAUUUUAAGUGUAUGGUUUGAGAUCAUGUGUAUAAAAUUUAGGAAAACCACUGUAGCCUACUGUGAAGAAUAAAGUAGUGAAUUCUAAAGAAUUAAUCUAUAAAAAGAUGAUUAUCAAUUCUAGUGUUUAGUUUUUAAAAGUGACCAAUUAACUUGUUUGUCUGAUGAUUGUGAUUUUAUAAAUCUAAUGCUUUCUUCAAA